AUGCCGUAUGUAGCUAGCUUUUGCUCAUCCCACCCAGCUUCAGACACUUAUUCUAUUUCUCGUUCUUGUGCACGGUCAGUAACAGAUGAGAUUGCCAUCAAGCUACUCACUAGCUACUCAUCUUCAGCUAGGUUGGCAACCACUGGUAUCGUGGGCGCGGGUGCUGCGACAGUUUUCGGAUUUUCCUACAACAGCGAAAAGAGAAGACAGGAAAUUGAAAAAAGGAUCAGGAGUGUGGAGGAGAAGCCAGUCCCAACAAGAGCACAGCAAAUUGAGCGCUUGGCCGCGGGUGAAGAGUUUGACAUUCUGGUGGUUGGCGGUGGUGCGACUGGUGCUGGCGUGGCCCUAGAAGCCCAACUCAGAGGUUUGAAGGUAGCAUGUGUGGAGCAGGAAGACUUUGCUUCAGGAACAUCAUCUAAAUCCACCAAGCUUUUAUGGGCUGGUUCUCGCUACCUCGUGAAGGGAUUGGUGAAGUUGUUCUCGCCAGCCUCCAUUUCGAGCCCGGCCGCUGCGUGGAAUGAAUUUGCGGGAACUUGGCACAUGGUGUUGGGAUGCUUCCGUGAGAGAACUUACAUGCUCACCAUGAAUCCUCACAUCACAAACUGGGUUCCUAUUGCUGUUCCGUUGGACAAGUGGAUCAUUUGGCCUCCACCAUUUGACUACCCGCCAGCAGCAUUGGGUCCCUGCACUGGCCUGUUCGUCGUGUUCUUCAAGUUCUAUGAUCUUCUGGGAAGGUAUGUAGCUCCAAGCUCUUUCGUGAUGUCCUCGGAGCGGGCACGAGCUGACUUUCCACAAAUGGAUGGGAAGAGGAUGAAGUACGUGUCUGUGUUCUACGAGGGGGAGCACAAUGACGCACGCACGAACCUUUGCAUUGCUUUCACUGCGGCCAUGCACGGAGCAGCGAUUGCGAACUAUGCCAAGGUCGAGAGGAUUCUUUUUGAUGAGAAAGGGGUGGCCUGUGGCGCAGAGGCGUCAAUGGGCAUUGAUUGCGCUGAAGGACUAACCUCUGAGGCGAAGAAAAUUGUGUACUGUGGCGGGCCUUUCACAGAUGGGCUGCGGCAACUGAGUGAGGGGAAGGAUGUGAAGCCCAUGGUCAAUGCAUCUGGCGGAACACACAUCGUUCUUCCGCCUUAUUAUUGUCCGCGGCACAUUGGAAUGGUGGACAUGAUGACUUCUAGAGGCUCCUUCCUUUUCUUCCUCCCAUGGGAGGGCUACACCUUGGUGGGGACAACUGAUGUGAAGACAAUGCCAGACCUCCAUCACCAGGUUCCGGAGGAUGAGAUCCAGUACCUGAUCAAUGAAUGCGAGAAGUAUUUGUCCCCAAGUUUGCGUGUCCGUCGUCGAGAUGUCAUGUCCGCAUGGUAUGGCAUUCGGCCACUCUGUGGUGACCCCAACGCCAAAGACCAAAGUUCCGCCUCUCGGGACCAUGUGGUAUCUCACCAUCCGACCAAUGGCAUCACCUUUGUGUCUGGUGGAAAGUGGACAACCUGGCGAGAAAUGGCGGAAGAUGGAGUUGACCAGGUUGUUGAAGGACAUCCCGAGCUCAAGAAGAAGGCUGGGCCAUCCAAGACGCUGGAAACGCCGCUGCUGGGAACCGGCAAGACAGAUCUUUUCCCGGAAGGAUACCAUGAGAACUUGGCGGUGACUCUUUCCCAGAAGUAUGAUUUGGCAUUCGAUGUAGCUCAGCAUUUGGUGCGAAACUAUGGCACCAGGGCAGGGCAGGUACUGGACAUGGUGGACCAGGACACUGUCAAAGGUUCACGCUCUGGCUUGUACAAGCAUUAUCGCAGAUUGUAUGAGGGUGCUGCCGCUACGACAGGGUAUCCCUACCUCGAAGCUGAAGUUCGGUAUGCAGUGAACCACGAAUAUGCCGUGACCCCUGCAGAUGUGCUGGCGCGAAGAACGCGUCUGGCAUUCCUGAACUCCACUGCUGCAAGAUUAUGCCUGCCGCGAGUGGUUGAAAUCAUGGCGGAAUGCCUUGGCUGGUCUCCUGAGCGGGCUUUGAUGGAACACGAGCAAGCGGAACAGCUCCUUGCUCGUGAUUUCGCCGGACCGGUGCCGGAUAAAAAGGGCGCAUUGCUUCGUUCGGCCUGCACAGCAGAUGUCAAGGAUGUGUUUGACCACAUCGACGCGGAGCAGAAGGGUACGCUCACCAAGGCUGGCAUUGCCAAGGCAGCGGCUGAGCUUGGAUUCCCUCUUUCUCAAGAUGAGCUUCAGAAAGCUGUUAGCGAGAUGGACACAGACAAGAACGGAGAGGUUCAUUUUCCAGAGUUCUUGGCCUGGUGGAAUUCGUCAGAGAAGAGCCAGGGUGUCCAUCAGAAAAUCUUCAUGGGAACCCGCAGAGGGUCCAGGUGGAAGACCAUUGAGGAGUGA